GUUCCGUUGCCAUGGUAACGCAAAACAGCCGUUUCAGCGAGGACGAUCGAUAAGACAGCUCGCUCAACAAUGUCUGCUUUCGUCAACUCCCUUUCGGAAGAAGACCAGGAGUUUCACCAAAUCAAAGACGCAGCUGCGGAGUUUUACCGGGCCAACAGAGUAGCCGAGGAGCUUGAGAAAGCCUUGGGAGAACUUUUCUUCCAGAACCCCGACGACGUCCACGGUUACCUGGCAAAUUAUUUCACAAGGCUCUCAUCACAUCCAUUCAUCAGCAGACUGAAUGGAAAGGAGGUCUAUGACUCAAAAGGGCAACUAUGUGCUGAGGCUGAACUCUUUUGCAUCAUCUGCAAUCAAGAAAAGCGGAUGUCCUCGGCCGCCAUCUCCAGUCACUUUCCGCAGAACGAGUCUUUGGCGGAGUGGCGAGCAAAAAGCCAGGAGAGAGCGCGUCACGUCGCCACAGCUGUUCAGUGGAUCGUUGAACCUCUGAACAGACUGCUGAAGGGACACAACCCUUGUGACCAAUCACAAGUUGACCAGCAACUCAGCGAUUUCUUCGCGGCUCGCCAACAGGAGGAGAAAGAAAACAGGGAAAAGGAGGAGAUUCUUUCUGCUAGUGAACAGGAGGUGGAAAUUCCGUCUUCGCCACCUGAAAAGAAGAAAGACAAGAAGAAUGCUAAAAAAAAAAAAGGCAAUCUGGGGAAGCCAUUUUGUCCUGCAGAGCCACCAGAACCGGUGCUCCCCGGGUGCUUGGCCAUUGGCUCACUGUCUCUUGCUGUGGCCAAGAGCGGGGCUCAGCUAAAGGCCAGUCCGCUCUACAAAUACAUCCGCAGUCUGAAGGACCCAGAGGAUGAUCAAGACACAUUUCACAUACCUGUCUCCUUGGUAACUUUAUUAAGCUGUGGCAAGAUGUGUCCUGGAAAGCUCAACUUGCUGGAAGAGGUCAUACUGAUUCCCAACGCAGGACAACAAGUCAAACAAAUCAUCACAAUGGCAACACAGCUACAGAAGGAAAUGAUGAGAAUAUUGAGUGAAUCAUCAAAGCCUGGGGUCACCGCGGCCAUUUUGAGCGACAACGGUGUGCUGCCCGUGAGUUUUGAUCGUCCUGAACAAGCACUGGAUCUGAUUACGGAAGCGUGCAAUAACCUUGAGCUGGAACUGGGAACGGAGAUCCAUCUGGCAGUGAACUGUGCUGGCCCCGACCUCAUGGACUACACGAAACAAAAGUAUGAAAUUGCAACAGGAGCGUUUAAGUCUCCAGACGAGCUCGUAAGGAUGUAUCAAAGCCUCCUAAGCAAGUACACUGCAGUGGUGGCUUUAAUCGACCCACUCAGGAGGGAGGACACAGAACAGUGGGAGAAACUGAGCGAUGCCAUCGGACAGUCGUGCGUGCUGCUCUCUGACGCCACUCACAAGGCACAGGCUCCACCCCUUCCUGGAGUCACAGGUCAUCUCUUAAAACACACCAACCAGACGACGGUCAGCGACUUGAUCCGCAUCGCAUCGGAGCAUCGAGGUUCUGUACUACUGGCGAAAGCAACUAAUGAGUCCUGCGAUGAUGAUUCUCUGUCAGACAUAGCUGUGGGUCUGGGCCUGGACUAUGUCAAACUGGGAGGUCUGACCAGUGCCGAGAGGAUGACUAAAUACAACAGGCUGCUUUCUAUAGAGGAAGAGCUGUCUCAACAGGGGAUCCUGGUCCCAAAAGAGCAACACUCCCUGCCACUGUUCAUUGAAACGGAAGCAGAAGCGCAAGUGGAAGCAGAAGCAGAAGCGGAGGAGGAGGAAGUCUGAAAGAGAGCAUCAGCUGUUUGUACGGCAGCAUAUAAGUCGCACAUUGAUUGUGCUUCCCUCAGUCACUUUUGAGAACAGCCACAGCACGAAUGAGAAGCUCUCCCAUGUUUGAUUUGAUACUGUACUUAUUAUUACACAAUGGUUAACUUCUCUCAAGCCUUUUAUGGCACUUAAGAAUGACAUGUACGUAGUUCCUUGCAGUAGCAGCAAAUUGCAUUUCAACAUCGUUUGCUGGCUGGCAGAAUAACUGCUAUGACUCGAUUUCCUGUUUCUUUUGAAUCCCAACUGGUGGACUGGUGCCCUUGAAUGGAUUGCGUUGGACUUCAGGGCUGGCUG